AUGGUGGUAAGGCAUUUUGUAGCAUUACUACUGGCGACUGCAGCGGUCUUUGUAGGCUCUUUGCCAUCAUCCCCCGUCACAUUCAUCUUCGGCGAUUCUUUGACAGAAGUAGGCAACAACAACUACCUCCCGCUCUCACUUGCCAAGUCCAAUUAUCCCCACUACGGCGUCGACUUCAAGGAUGGCAAAGCCACUGGAAGGUUCACCAACGGAAGGACUAUCGGUGACAUUAUAUCUGCUAAGCUCGGGAUUCCACCGCCGCCCCCAUUCCUAUCCCUAUCUCCAACUGACGAGCAUGUCUUGAAAGGGGUGAAUUACGCUUCCGGCGGAGCUGGAAUACUAAAUGACACCGGCACUUAUUUCAUAGAGAGGCUGACAUUCGAUGAUCAAAUAAAUAAUUUUGCAAAAACAAAGGUGUGGAUGAAGAACAAAAUAGGAGAGGAAGAAGCCAACAAGCUUUGCAAUGAAGCCCUCUACUUCGUGGGAAUAGGUAGCAAUGACUAUGUGAACAAUUUUCUUCAGCCAUUUCUAGCAGACGGGCAACAAUACACUCAUGACGAGUUUCUGGAGCUUCUCACCUCCACAUUGGCUGAACAGCUCAUGAGGCUCUACCAGCUCGGUGCAAGAAAGACAGUGUUUCAUGGUCUAGGACCACUUGGUUGCAUUCCCUCCCAAAGGGCAAAAUCAAGCCGAGGGGAAUGCCUAAAGCAAGUCAAUCUAUGGGUGCAGCAAUUCAACUCCAAAGUGCAGAAACUGAUAUCUACUCUAAAUGCCCACUUGCCAUCAUCACAACUUGUUUUUGCAGACACCUAUGGAGCAGUCUUACAUCUGAUCCAGAACCCAAUGUCAUACGGUUUUAAAGUAUCAAACACAUCAUGCUGCAAUGUGGAUACAAAGGUAGGAGGGCUUUGCUUACCCAACUCAGAUCUGUGCAAAGAUCGGCACGAGUUUGUGUUUUGGGAUGCUUUCCACCCUUCGGAUGCGGCUAAUGUCAUACUCGCAGAAGCCUUUUUCAACAUCAUAUUUACCAAGGCGUGA